AUGAUUUUGCAUUUCCUGGAGGACUGUUUUGUUUACUAACAAUCCUCCUCCCUGUCAGCUCGGUCACACUACUUUGGUUGGCUGUGCACAGCACAGCCAUCUAACGCAGUGUGCUUACAGUGAAGCACCAACACACCGCCCCCCUAGUAAAACACUCUCCUGCACACAGUUAACCCUUUGAUUGCCCCUCAUGUUUACCCCUUCAUGCCCAGUGCCAUUAGUACAGUGUCUGUGCUUUUUUUUAGCACUGAUCACUAUAUUGGUGUCACUGGGGAUGUCAGUGACACCAAGUCAUUUCCCCCCAGUACCAGAAUGUCCUCUGCAGUCCCGCUAU